UCGAACGCAACUCAGAGAGGGGAAAGAGGGCAGUAUACCAUAGAGCGUGUAUUGUACGCUUCUACCUUUUCCUUCACUUCGUCAAGAUGUCAACACACAAGAAGAAGACCAGGAAACUACGUGGACACGUGAGCCAUGGUCACGGCCGCAUUGGCAAGCACAGGAAGCAUCCUGGUGGUCGUGGUAAUGCUGGUGGUAUGCAUCACCAUCGAAUCAAUUUCGACAAAUACCAUCCUGGAUACUUUGGAAAGCUUGGUAUGAGAAACUACCAUCUGCGACGUAAUACUAAAUGGUGCCCUACUAUGAAUUUAGACAAAUUAUGGACUCUCGUCUCUGAACAGACGAGACUGAAAUAUAAAGACGUUGAGGGCAAAGCACCUGUCAUAGACCUUGUAAAAGCGGGAUACUACAAACUCUUGGGAAAAGGUCGCCUUCCUAAGCAGCCUGUUAUAGUAAAGGCCAAAUUUUUUAGUAAACGGGCAGAGGAUAAAAUUAAGGCAGUUGGUGGCGCAUGCGUCUUGUGCGCGUAAUCGUUGAGAUAAGCCUCAUUUCCAUAAGUGUACUCUUAUUAUUACAAAUACUAAAACUUUAUAAAAAUAUUUAAAAAAUGUGAAGAUGUUAAGAGUAAUUUAUGGAAACGAAUAUAUAUUUCAAUGAUAAAUAAAAUUUUUUUUUU